AUGAUGCGCCCACGGCCUGCGUCUUCCUUGCAGAAGACGUACGACGAGUGCUAUCUCGCGUGCUCCACCGCCGUGUACUUUGAGGGCCAGAACAACGAAGAGGAAGCAUUGCGGUCCUGGCGAUCUGCCCUUGAGACCAUUUACCAUCACAAUGCCCGUCGUGUACCCCCAAAUUAUACCCCGAAAUCUGAAACCGAGAGGGCCUUGCAGGACUCCAUCCGGGCGCUAGAGGUUCAAUGCCGAGAACGGGUCGACCUACUAGGCGCUCUCCAAGCAAGCAGGAAGGAAUCCACCGAGGCGAACGGAAGCAAAGCAUAUGGUAGUAAAGAGAGCGCCACUCUUUUCAAGGGCAAGUCAAUCCCUAGCAUACCGCCGCCAUCGUCUUCCAACACUCCUGGCUGGAUCGGAGAUGGAACAAUCCCUGCCGUGGGAUACACCGACCUGUCCAAACCGGCCGCCAUACCCGGUCGACCUAUGCUGUCUACGAAACAAAGUUAUGAUUUACCGCCAAUUUACGACGAUGCUGGUCCAGCGACUCUUUCAGCGGCUGGUACGCCCGCACUGCGUGUGCACUCGAACUCUUCGGGCAAAACAAGAUCGCGUGGCUCCAGCCCCGAGCGCCGGAAACCCAUGUUGACAACUCUACGCAGCAGUGACGGCAAGAACAAUGGUAAGAAAGUCAAAGCUGCAUCAAAGAAGAAGGAUUCGAGACCUGCUGCCUCCACGGCUGCAGGCCUAGCAUGGGGUAGCAUCUAUCGCUCUGCAUCGGGUGACAAGCCUGUGCGCGUUGCAGCUCUGGCCUCAUCCCGACAAAGCGCCGCUCACGAUGUCAGUUUUCGCCGAGAGGCAGAACCAAGAUCUAGUACUGGAGACGAGCGCCCGCAGCCGAGAAUUCGUGUUUCCCGAGACCAUGUAUCCGGGGAGCGAAUUCCUGCCGCCCACUGGCGAGAGCCUCCUCGGUCGUCUCCAAAGAGAUCCUCGCCCAGACCGUCUAUUCAGUCGCCUAGUCCACUGCCGCCGCGGGGGCCUCCACCUCCACCUGAAAGCCCUAAAAUACAACAUGCUCCUAAUUCAAUGUCAAUGCCGAACCCGGCCGACUUUGCACCGCCACCUAGACCAUCCAUAAAACCUAAGCCUGUGGCCUUGCGAUCUUCCCAACCAACGAGCCACCCAAUGCAAGCCACAAAGUCCGAGAAUUCUUCGCGGAGUCUGACGCCUCGGCUUGACCAGGAAGUAGAUCCUUCCAACAACGUGCCACGGAUAACAUCUGCGCCUAGACCCCCAAGAAUUGACGAAACGGCCCGCGCCUCUCCAUCAUCCGCUAUCGGUGACGAUUUACAUCGCGGUGUCGACCGUCUGGCUAUAUCUCAAGGAAAUAGCGAAAGUGCAAUACGGCGAAAAGCUCCACCAGUCAACCGGCAAGAGACCCCAACACCAUUAUCAAGCGACCCAGACUCUUCAGAUCAGCGGACCGCAGCAAGCGACGCAGAGGACGAAGAUGAUGAAGAAGACAGUGAAAUCUCGAAAAUUAUGGAAAAAUUGCCCAGGGGUGUGGAUCCCCAAUCAGCAAAGCAAAUUCUGAACGACAUCGUAGUGCGCGGUGACGAAGUACAUUGGGAUGACAUAGCAGGCUUAGAAGGAGCUAAAAAGGCUCUCAAAGAAGCCGUCGUCUACCCAUUCCUCCGCCCAGAUCUCUUCUCUGGUCUCCGCGAACCGGCUCGCGGAAUGCUCCUCUUCGGCCCCCCAGGUACGGGCAAAACCAUGCUCGCACGAGCAGUAGCCACAGAAUCAAAAUCAACCUUCUUCUCUAUCUCUGCCUCAAGUUUAACAUCCAAAUGGCACGGCGAAAGCGAGAAGCUCGUACGCGCCCUCUUCGGGCUAGCCAAAGCUCUUGCUCCAUCCAUCAUCUUCGUCGACGAAAUUGAUUCCCUUCUCUCUGCCCGAUCGUCCGGUUCAGAGCACGAGGCCUCCCGUCGCUCCAAGACUGAAUUUCUGGUUCAAUGGUCUGAUCUGCAGCGCGCAGCUGCAGGCCGUGAACAAACAAACCGCGAGAAAAAGGAAGGCGAUGCUAGUCGUGUACUCGUCUUAGCGGCUACCAAUAUGCCAUGGGAUAUCGAUGAGGCUGCACGUCGUCGCUUCGUCCGCCGCCAGUAUAUUCCCUUGCCCGAACAUCAUGUCCGCGAGCAGCAAAUCCGCAAGCUUAUCAGUCACCAGCACCACGAGCUGAGCGAUGCUGAUAUCCAGGUCCUGGUACAGGUGACAGAAGGCUUCUCCGGUUCAGAUAUCACAGCCCUCGCCAAAGAUGCGGCUAUGGGCCCCCUGCGCAAUCUGGGUGAGGCCCUCCUACAUACACCCAUGGACCAGAUCCGUGCCAUUAUCUUCCAGGACUUCGAAGCCAGUUUGUAUUCCAUUCGGCCUAGUGUAUCCCACGACGGACUUCGGAAAUAUGAAGAUUGGGCGAGAGAAUUCGGCGAGCGAGGCGGAUAG